AAAAGUGACAUGAAUGAGAUCAUUUCCAAAAGCAAAACAAAUCUCGGUUUUCAAUAUUUAUGUUGAGUUUUUUCAAAAAACUAUUUGACGCAAGCAUGGACGACGAUAAAAGUGACUAUGAUAUGAUCGAUCUGUUGGCAUACGAGUGUAAUUUAUUGAACGAAGCGUUGUCGCAUGAAAAUCUAACAAGUGACGAACAAAAUGAAAUCCUGAUCAACUACCUAAAACGGGCUGAUUCACAACACGAACCCAUCAAUGACUUUAAGGAAGAUUUGGACUGGUUUAAUGUCUUGGAGCCGCUGAACAGAGAUUUACUUAGCGGCAAAGUGGUGAUACUCGAUUUUUUCACCUACUGCUGCAUCAAUUGCAUGCAUAUUCUACCCGAUUUAAAGAAAAUUGAGGAUUCGUAUUCGGUGGAAGAUGGUUUGGUGGUGAUAGGUGUUCAUUCGGCCAAGUUUGACAACGAGAAAGACUCGGCCAAUAUUUUGUCAGCAGUUCAACGGUACAACAUAACCCAUCCAGUUGUGAACGACAAUCAUCAGUCGAUGUGGAUUGACUUGAAAGUGGUUUGCUGGCCAACUUUAAUUAUUUUAGGUCCAAGAGGUAAUCCACUCUUUGUGACGAUGGGUGAAGGAAAUUUCGAAACUUUGGAAAAGUAUGUUGCGACUACAAUGAAAUUCUACAAAGAUCAAAAUGCCAUCAAGAACCACCAAUUGCCUUUGAAUCCUGCAGCUGAUUUAUUGACACCGAAUUCAAAUUUAAAAUUCCCUGGUAAAAUAGCCUGCUCCAAGUCUAAUGCAAAUGAUGAAACACCUGAACUGUACGCAAUAUCCGAUUCGGGAAAUCAUCGAGUCAUUAUUGUGUCAGCUGCCGGAGAAGUUUUACACAAAAUUGGCGGAAAGCAGCCGGGCUUUGUGGAUGGAGAUUUGCUAUCAGCUAAGUUCAACUCACCGCAAGGAGUGUCAUUUCUCAGUGAAAAUAUUUUAUUCGUUGCUGAUACGGAAAAUCAUGCUGUACGGCGAAUCGACCUAAAAGGAAAAUCAGUUUCAACUAUUGCUGGUAUUGGGGUGCAAGGAAAUGAUCGCGUUGGUGGUAAAAUCGGAACUGAACAGGAAAUAUCAUCUCCAUGGGAUGUUGCAGUCUACAAAACACGCGACAUGGACAUGUCAUUUCAUUUGGACGACGAAUCAAUUGCAAAAAAGGAUAUUGUUCUGGUCGCUGCAGCUGGCACCCAUCAAAUUUGGGCCGUUUGUAUUGAUGACGUGAUAUGGUGGAAGUUUAAAAAAUAUUCAGCUGGCACUGUAGUCGUGAUCGCUGGGAAUGGCGCUGAGGAGAAUCGAAACAAUUCGUAUCCACACAAUGCCGCAUUUGCCCAACCUUCAGGGUUAAGCAUUGGUGGUGCUGAUGAAAUGUUUAUUGCCGACAGUGAGAGUUCAUGCAUACGAAAGCUAUCUUUAGUGGACGGUAAAGUGCUGGCAGUAGCAGGUGGCGAUCGAAAUCCUAGAAAUCUGUUCGCAUUCGGCGACGUUGACGGAAAGGGUGUGGCUGCCAAACUGCAACAUCCAUUGGGAGUGUGCUUCAGUUCGAAGGAAAAUCUUGUGUAUGUUGCAGACACCUACAAUCACAAAAUAAAACGAAUUGACGUGACAUCGAAUCACUGCGAGACAUGUAACAUUGUGGAAGAAUCGAAAGAUGUGAUGGUUUUCAACGAACCGGGUGGAUUAUGUCUGAAUCCGACUGGGGAUUUUUUGUACGUGGCCAACACCAACAACCAUUCGAUUGAACUGGUUGACUUGAAAACAAUGAUUUCCAAACCGUGGAAAAUUAACUUCAACACAAACUCAGUGCCUAAACCUAAUGUUGAUGAACAAAUCAUCAAAGCAGCGAAAGACUUGAAACUGAAAACACGAGGUGGUGACAUCUCAUUCACUGUUUCGUUUCAUUUAUCAUCCGGGAUUUGUUUUACAACCGGAGCUCCGCAGAAAUGGUCAAUUAAGCCAUUGAAUGAACGAUGGUCGAUUAAAAAUGGCAACGGUUCGCAAUUCGAACCUAAUCAGCCUCUGUAUUUAGAAUUUGAAGUAGCAUCUGGAUGCUUAUCUGACAACAUAAUUGUAUCGUUUCAACUAAACCUGUGCGCAGCAGACGUAUGCUUUUCGAAGCGAUUUGCUCUACAAAUUCCCGUCACAUUUGAUGAUGAAGAUGGACUAGAUUCGGUUAACAAAAAUUUUGUUAUCAACGUCUCGCGUGAUUAUGUGCGGCUGCAAUGAAAUGGCAGUGGUUUAAGUGAAGUAGAGCCUAAUGGUUUCUUUUCGUGAUGUUUGUUAAAUUUGUCAGAGGCUCAAAUAAAUUUUUUAAAUUCAA